UGUGCCUUCAGACCAUUGCCUGGGACAUCCUCCUGUUAAUCAUUCAUUCAUCCUACACUUCCCAGUUCAUUGCCCUGCACUUUUCUAACUGCAAAAAGUCUGUGGAUUUGUUAUGCUAGGGCAACACAGAGCCCUUUCAUCCACUUUAAUUACACCAUCCUAAACCUCUGAUAUGCACUUGAAUCCCUCCUGUAAAGUAGUCUGGAGGCAUUUUCAACCAGUUCCUCUCACUAUUUUAGGUGCUUAGAUGAGCACGAGUGACUUGGAGCAAAGGGAUGCAGGAACUGUAUUAUCCUGUUCUUAGGAGGGGGAAUUGGCCCGAGAAUCUAGCCCAGACCUCCCCCCCCCCCCGCCUGCCAUAUCUCCAGUGCAGGGCUGGUUCAGAGAGAUCUCUGCAAGCCAGUCCAGAGUAUCGAGCUGCCUAAGAGAGAUAUGAAUGAGGUUGGGCCCACCAUGGUUGGCGAUGAGCAUUCCGAUCCAAACUUGAUGCACUACCUAGGGGCCACUAAAAGAAACAUGCUGGGGAAUCAUUUCUGGGAAUACUAUGUGCAAGAUGCUCCCCGGAUCGUCUUGGACAAGCUGGAGAAGCGUGGCUAUCGUGUGAUCAGCAUGACGGGAGUGGGACAGACACUGGUGUGGUGUCUUCACAAAGAAAGUACAGAGAACUCAGAUUUUCUUCCUGCCCAAGAUAUUGCUGUAAAUCGCCCAGCAUAGGACUGCCUUCGUUUUCCAAUAUGUUUGUUUUAAGGCAUUAUGAAGUCAGACCUUGCUCAAAACCCUGCAUUAUGAAACAUAGGCACUGCUACCAAAAGGUCAUAAUAGGAAGGUGGCCUCGUUAGCUUCAAGGGUUAGCCCUCAAGGGAUUACUCCUUUUUGAUCAUUAAUAUGAAUGCCAGCUGGAACGGAUAAUAUGGCAGUGUUAUCCCCAUUUGUUACUGCUGAAUGAUCAAAACCUGUCAUUAAAUCCACUGUGUCAGUAACAAUCUCACACGAGAGUGGGUAGGGGAGACAGUUAAGUGUAAGAUUAUUGCUUUGCUGGGAAUGAGAGGUGGUUGGGAGGAAAGGCUGCAGCAGAACAAGUUGUCACCAUUAAGCACAGUAUAUCUUCAAGCCAAACAUAAUUUUAAAUUAAAAGAGAAUGAACAGAAUCCAGAAUGUGGCAAAUUGAAGGGAAAAGAUCCUCUAAACAUUUCAACAUCAGUUUUGUAAUUGUCCCAUUUCCCCUUUCAUCACUGGGAAUAUUUGGAACUGAGUGUACUAAGUAAGCCAUUCUUAAAAUAGCUGGUAAAAUAAAAGAAUUUAAGAAAACAGA